GCCACGCCGGUUGUCUCUUGCCUCUCGUCCGUCCUCCCAUUUCCCGCACACAGGCCACGAACAAGACAAACGCCGACGCGCACGCCCACGCACAGACGACCGCCAUCAUGAACUCGACGGCCAUGCCGGGGCACCCCACCGCGGCCAUGCUCUACGCGAACACGGACAUGUCCUCGCUCAACUGGUUCGAGACCCAGUGGGUGAACUGGUAUCUGUGGCUCGGAAAUCCCAUCCUCGCGACUGGCCUGGCGAGUUUCCUGCUGCAUGAGGUCGUGUACUUUGGGCGCUGCAUCCCCUGGAUCAUCGUCGACGCGAUCCCGUUCUUCAGGCAAUGGAAGUUGCAGCCCAACAAGGUUCCGACCGCAAAGGAGCAGUGGGAAUGCACCAAGCAGGUUCUGUUCUCGCAUUUCAUGGUCGAACUCCCGGUGAUCUGGCUCUUCCACCCCCUCGCUGAGGCAUGUGGCAUGUCCACAUGGCAGGUGCCCUUCCCCAGCUUGCGCCAGCUGGCCCCCCAGGUCGCACUGUUCUUCGUCUUCGAGGACAUGUUUCACUUCUUCGCGCAUCAAGCGCUGCACUGGGGCCCGCUCUACAAGCACAUUCACAAGAUCCACCACAAAUACUCGGCGCCGUUCGGUCUUGCUGCCGAGUACGCGCACCCCGCGGAAGUCAUGAUCCUCGGCACGGGCACUGUCGCCGGCCCCCUGCUUUACUGCUGGUUCCGCCAGGAUCUCCAUAUCGUCACCGUCUACAUCUGGAUUACGCUCCGUCUCUUCCAGGCCGUCGAUGCGCACUCUGGCUACGACUUCCCCUGGUCGCUGCAGCACAUCCUGCCAUUCUGGUCCGGAGCCGAGCACCACGACUUCCACCACAUGGCGUUCGUGAACAACUUCUCGACGUCCUUCCGGUGGUGCGACCGCCUGUUCGGCACGGACGACAAGUACCGGGCGUACCGCGCGCGCAUUACGAAGAUGAAGAAGCUGAACCUCUCCCCCGCGGAGUUCGAGAAGAUGGAGCGCAAGAUGAUCGCGGAGGCGGAGCAGGAGGGCCUGCGCGCGGAGGCGGAGGUCGAGGCGUACACGUUCACCGGGAAGAAGGUGAAGACCUCAUAGGCGGCGCGCGCCUGAGACUGCUGGGGCUUUUGGCGACGGAUAGCAUAUACUAGAGGCAAUGUUCACAUACCCGCUGCUUUACCUAUAAUCACAUAAUGUACCUCUAUCUCCCUGG